AUGGAGGCGGACCUCAACAAGAAGAAGCAUCAUCAGACAAAAGCGCACCGCUCCCGCAAAGCUCCCCCAGGAACUGUGAUGGCCUUGAAACCCAGCCAGGCCCUUCAGAUCAAGCCCGGAACCACCGUCGCGGAAGCUGCGCAAUUGAUGGCUGCGAAACGAGAGGACUGCGUUCUUGUGACCGACGACGAUGAGCGGAUUGCUGGUAUUUUCACCGCCAAGGAUCUCGCGUUUCGUGUUGUCGGCAUGGGUCAGAAAGCCCGUGAUAUUACCGUUGCCGAGAUCAUGACAAAGAACCCGCUGUGUGCGCGGACGGACACCAGCGCUACCGAUGCCCUGGAUCUGAUGGUGAGAAAGGGAUUCAGACAUUUGCCGGUUAUGGAUGAGAACCAGGAUAUCUCGGGUAUUCUCGACAUCACCAGGUGCUUUUACGAUGCGAUGGAGAAGCUGGAGCGUGCGUACAGCUCCUCUCGAAAGCUUUACGAUGCGUUGGAGGGUGUGCAGACCGAACUUGGUUCCAGCCAGCCUCAGCAGAUCAUCCAGUACGUGGAGGCACUCCGUUCGAAGAUGUCCGGUCCGACACUCGAGACUGUCCUGGAUGGGUUACCUCCAACCACGGUUUCUGUCCGAACCUCUGUUAGAGAUGCCGCAGCUCUGAUGAAGGAACACCACACGACCGCUCUUCUCGUGCAGGACCAGGGCUCCAUCACCGGUAUCUUCACUAGCAAGGAUAUCGUUCUGCGCGUCAUCGCUCCAGGACUGGACCCUGCCACCUGCAGUGUCGUUCGUGUGAUGACCCCGCACCCUGAUUUUGCUCCCACCGACAUGAGCAUUCAAGCUGCUUUGCGCAAGAUGCAUGAUGGCCAUUACCUCAACCUGCCCGUCAUGAACGAGGCUGGAGAAAUUGUCGGAAUGGUGGAUGUUCUCAAGCUCACUUAUGCUACCCUUGAGCAGAUCAAUUCGAUGCAGACGCAUGACGAUGAAGGCCCCGCUUGGAACAAGUUCUGGCUGUCGAUGGACAACGAAUCCGACUCGAUGGUCUCUGGCAGUCAGCGAGCCCCGAAUCGUUCAGUUCUGAGUCCCGAGUCACCACGGCAUCAUCUGGAAGGCCGUGACAGCGUGCUCCCCAACGAAUCCGCGUCCCACCACGGCGGAGAUGAACACUCCGAAUACCACGAACCUCGUCCUGAAGAAAGCACUUCGUUCCCGUUCAAAUUCAAGGCCCCUAGCGGACGCAUGCACCGUGUCAACGUGCUUACAUCGGCUGGCGUUGCCGACCUGGUUGCACAAGUCACGGCCAAGCUGGGUAACGAGCUGGAGGCAGUGGGUGGUGCCGCCACUGUGGAAGAAGGCAAACUCAGCGACACCGGCUAUGCCCUGAGCUACAUGGACAAUGAAGGCGACACCGUUUCCAUCACCACCGAUCAGGAUCUGACUGAUGCCGUCAAGCUCGCCCGUCGCUCGCAUCGGGACAAGGUCGAUCUCUUUCUGCAUGAUCCAAACCAGCCCCCGAUCCCGGCUACGCUCGAUCCCCAACCUGCUCCUGCCCGUCCUGUUCAGGAAAAGCCCGUCUCAGUCGUCGACGAUCGGCUGUCGGAGGAGCCACCUGUUCCUAAGGUUCGUCCCCAAGCAUUCCCGGCUCGUCAGCCCGAGGAGCAGUUUAUCUCUGGCGUGCCCAAUGAGCUUCUGCUUCCAGGCGCUAUUGUGACCUUGGCUGCUGUGAUUGCUGGCGUGUUCGUUUUGGGCCGCGCCACCAGCCGUUAA